UUCUUUAUGCUGUCAAGCUGGGUGUGUAUGUUUGUCCCUAGCAGACCACCGUAUUAAAAAAGAGCAAGACUUUUAUGUUUUAGCAGGAAUGGCAUCAUGGGCCUCUAUCAUCUCCCUCGCUGCUUACGCUACAUUUCAACAAAGUCAACUUUCUUCCACAACUGCUAUUAUCAGACAGGGCGAGUGGGACUGGAUUCCCUUCCCGUAACUCAACAAAGAUACUUCAUCAACUCCUUCAAACGAUGCGCCUCAUCAAGCAUCAUCAAACCCCUCUUUCUAAAUGUCUUGAAGGGCGGCUACGAUGACAGGACAGCAAUCGUAGACAAUCUGGGGUCCCACACAUAUGGUGACCUGGUUCGUUUUAGCACAGCGCUUGCCCAGCUGAUCCUUGCAGUCACCCCUCGAGAUCCAGCUCUUCGGAAGAGGGGAUCGGGGGUCAUCCUAAACGGAGAGCGUGUAGCCAUUCUUUGCCCAAACAAUAUCACCUUCGUACUCUCUCAGUUUGCGGCAUGGAUGAGUGGAUGCACUGCCGUGCCUCUCUGCAAAGUCCAUCCCUUAUCGGAGUUGGACUAUGUUGUCCGAGACUCACAGAGCUCGGUUCUCAUCGCCACACGCGAGUUUGCCGACAAGGCUUACUCCCUAGCUGAGACCAAUAACCUCAAACUGUUGAUUUUAAACCAAGAUGCCUUCAGUAAGAAAGGCUCAAAUUAUUCCAAGGCACUUGAUGAAAGCAGUGCGUUGACCACACUGCAGUCUAUCGUUGAAGUGCCAAACUGUAACGUGGGUGAGGAAGACUUGAUCGAAAAGCGUGUUCUGGUGCAGAAGUGGAGUCAAGUCCGCUGGAAAAAUCGUAAAGCAAUGGUUAUUUACACAAGUGGGACGACUGGGCCACCCAAGGGUGUGGUGCAAACUUUUGCAUCCUUUGAAGCGCAAGUCUCUAUGAUGUUGCAUGCAUGGGGCUGGACACCCAAUGAUGUAAUACUUCACGUGCUGCCUCUACAUCACGUCCAUGGUUUGGUGAACGUGCUGGCAUGUCCGCUAUGGUGUGGUGCAACAUGUGUAAUGAUGCCCGAGUUUAAUGUUGACAAGGUAUGGGAUAAACUCCUUGAGGAUGCUGAGCCUAGAAUUAACCUGUUCAUGGCUGUACCCACUAUCUAUGCCAAACUCAUAGAGGGUUUCGAGUCAAGGUUCAGAGGUCAUAAGGUCAGAGCAUUCAUCAAGGCCAAACUCAGGGACAGGAUCAGGUUAAUGGUGGUUGGAUCAGCAGCUUUGCCACAGCCGGUACUAGAGAAAUGGGAGAGCAUCAGUGGACAUCGUCUACUGGAACGCUACGGGAUGACAGAAUUAGGCAUGGCUUUGUCUAAUCCUCUUAACAGCGUCAGGGUUCCAGGUGCUGUUGGUAACCCGUUACCAACUGUUGAAGUCCGCAUCGUUGACAGAAAUGGAAACAUCUGUGUGAAAGGCAAUUCCAUCUGCUCCCAGGUCACACCGGGGUCAAAGGUCGUCGAGGGCGACCUUCAGGUCAGUGGGCCUGCAGUCACCAGGGAGUACUGGAACAAGCCGGAAGCGACUACGGACUCUUUUACCAAGGAUGGUUGGUUCAAAACAGGGGACACAGCAUCAUUCAAAGACGGCGUGUACCGCAUCCUGGGACGAACAUCUGUAGACAUCAUCAAAAGCGGCGGCUACAAAAUAAGUGCCUUAGAUGUGGAGCGCCACCUAUUGGCCCACAACAACAUCGCAGAGUGCGCAGUCGUAGGAGCACCUGAUGUGACGUGGGGUCAACGCGUGGCGGCCAUCGUGGUCCUGAGAAACGGCGGGGGUUUGACACUGUCAGAGUUACGGAUGUGGGCGCGGGACUUUAUGGCGCCUUACAUGAUCCCAACUGAGCUGAGGGUUGUGGAUAUCAUACCACGCAAUGCAAUGGGGAAAAUCAAUAAGAAACAGCUGCUGAAGGAUAUAUUUGAUGUGGAAUGAACAUCUCAUUGGUCAGGCCUGCGUCACUCACAGCAAUAGCCAUGGUGCCCUGUGUUUUUGUUGUGGUGCCCUUUGCAAAGUUCCAUUACAAGAGGAAAAUUCAA